AUGGCUCCGGGUCAAGUGUCCCCACCGACCACCCCCUGGAGGAAUUCCCAUUCUUUCUUCCUCCUGUCCCCACUGAUGGGUCUCCUCAGUCGGGCAUGGAGUCGCCUGAGGGGCCCAGGACUUCCUGAGCCCUGGGUGGUGGAAGUGGUAACAGGAGAAGCUGCUUUAGAGGAAGAUGUCAAGGUUUCUCUGGCUUUCCACAAUGUUGCCUGGGAGAGUGGAGCAGCUGAGGAGGCUGGAGAAGCAGACAGGGCCACAUGCCUUGGCCUCAGAGCCAUCCAUUCUUCUCGUGAUGAUGAUGAAGACUGUGAAGAGAACGGAGCAGCUGAUGUGGCUGGAGAGCAGGGAGAUUGUCCAAAGGAGGCAGCUGAGAACUGUGAGUUAGAAGCACUCUCAGCCAAGCUUAGCCAGAAGCCUCUGGCCUGGGAGGGGAAGGCUGGGACUUCAGGAGCAGCUGAGGAAGAGGACAGUGAGGAAGAGGCAGAGGGUCCUUCCUCCCUCCCAUCUACCAGUGCUUUGAAAGCCUGGGUGUGUCUACCCGGAGAGGACUCAAAGGAGGAGGAAGAUGAUGAGGAAGACAGUGAUGAAGGAGACGGUGAAGGCCUUUCCUCUGCCUCUUCAAAUUCCUUCGAGCAGGCCUGGGUGUAUCAGCCACGUGGAAAGGAUGAGGAGGAGGAGGAGGAGGAGGAGGAGGAGGACGAGGACAGUGAUUGGGGAGCAUCCGAGGAGGAGGGAGAAGCUGGUGGUCCCUCUUCCAUCCCAUCCACCAGUGCCCUCCUGCAGGCCUGGGUGUAUCGACCAGGUGAAGACUCAGAGGAGGAAGAGGAAGAUGAGGACAGUGAUUGGGAAGCAGCCAAGGAGCAGGAAGAAGCCGAGGGUUCCCCCACGCUCCCAUCCACCUUCCUGCAGGCCUGGGCAUAUCGGCCAGGUGAAGACUCAGAGGAGGAGAAUGAGGGCGCCCCCAAGGAGUGGGGUGAUGCUGCACCUUGCACAUUCCGCCUGGCCAUCUAUGCACCUGGCGAGGACCCGCCCCCUCCCUGGGCGCCCCCAAGGCUGCCUCUCCGGCUGCAGAGGCGCCUCAAGUCCUCAGGCACCCCUUCCCGGCCGCCAGAUCCCGACUCUCCUGUAAAGAUCACAAAGGUACGCUUCUGCGAGGAGGUCACUGUCCACCGCCUGGCUGUCUGGGCUGGACCGGCGCAGGCUGCCCGUCGGGGCCCCUGGGAACAGCUGGCCCGGGAUCGCUGCCGCUUUGCCCGCCGCAUCGCCUGCGCCCAGGAGGAGCUGGGCCCCUGCCUCACCCCUGCCGCCCGGGCCAGGGCCUGGGCCCGCCUGGGGAACCCAUCCCUGUCACUGGACCCCACACCUGCCCCUGCCCACGCCACGCCCCCGGCCGCGUGCCUGAGCCCCGCCAUGGCCACACACUCUCCCGCCCCUCUCAGUGUGUCCCCUCCCCUUGUCUGA